AUGCUCUACUCCGACCCGCCGGCGCUGCGGCCGUUCAGCGAGGCAAAGCCUACCUUGCUGGUAUCGUGGUGGAUUACGCUGUUUUGCACCUGCAUCAUCCUUUUGCGGUUGGCCGGUCGGUAUAUCCGUGUCGAGAAGCUAUUUCGCGAAGACAAGAUUGUCGCCCUGGCCCUCGUGCCGCUAUUCUUGCGCAUCGGAUGCGCCCACGUCGUGCUUUUCUGGGGCACCAACAACAUCGAGCUUGAUGGCACCACGCUCUCCGAUGUCGAGCUCUCGCAUCGAGUCGCGGGAAGUCGAGUGGUCCUUGCCAGCAGAAUAUUUUAUGCCGCCACAUUAUGGACGCUCAAGCUCACAACGCUCGAAUUCCUGACUCGCCUGGCCGGGGCAUCCAUGAAAAAGGUCUACUUACGCCUUACCAUGUUUCUUCGAUAUGCUCUUGGCGUAACUUUUAUUGCCGUCCUCGUUACCGAUCUCGCCGAGUGCCACCCCGUAACCAAAUACUGGCAAGUGACGCCCGACCCAGGCGGCCAGUGCCGACAAGGCUUCGUGCAGCUCAUCACCAUGGGGACCGCCAGCGCCGUUAUUGACAUUAUCCUCAUCGUCUUUCCGGUGCCCAUCAUCCUGUCCACGCGCAUUCCCACGCAGCGCAAGAUCCUGCUGGUCAUGCUCUUCUGCUUCGGCUUCUUGACCGUGGGCAUCACCCUGUACUCGGUGCCCAAGAUCAUCGAGCUCCAGGGCGACCAAGUAUUCCGCUCCAUGUGGGCGUCGAUAACGCUGCUCGCCGCCACAACCGUGGCCAAUAUUGUCGCCCUGGGCUCGUUCCUGCGUGACAGCGGCGCCAAGAAGACCAAGUUCCGUCCGGGCUAUCACAGCAGCGGCACCACGUCUCGCGGCGGCCACGGUGUCACGACGGGGGCUACCUGGGACGAUCUGGAGCACGCAAAGGCGCAGCAGCAGCCGCGCAAGACGGAAAGCGACGAGUGGCUCAACGAAAUGGACCCGCGCCCGCGCAGGGAAUCCAUGCGCAAGAUGAAUCGGCAUUCGUCACACUCCUCUGGAGGAAUCCGUGGGCCUAGUCCCACGGCGAGCCAUGAUUCUCUCAUCAGACAAGACAGAUCGUAUUCCCGAGGCACUAUAGCAGCGUUGGAUAUACCUGCUCCAAAGCCGCCUCCUGCAGCAGUUGUGGCUAGCUCUGGCGCUUUCUAA